AUGUCCGUGCUAAACAGCCACGAGCCCCCUCCCCCGCCGUAUAGCUUCGUCGGGUCAUCGCGGCUCUCUUCUCCUGCGCCAUCUGUUCGUCGCUCGCCCCCACCGUAUCAUCAUAGUCCGUUGUCAAGUCAAGAAUGGUUAUCGAACAACCCCCCUUCAGGAGCCCCUCAAAACAGUAGACCUCCUAGACUGCCACAGCCGCCGCUACAUCACAGCCAGAAUCUAAGUCAAAAUGAAAGUACAAACCUGGCGCUGCGCCAAAGGCAGGAGGAAGCCAGGCCCUGCCCAAAUUGCAUUGUGAUUCCUAUAAUGGGACUAACGGGGUCAGGGAAAAGCACUUUUAUUUCCCUUUUGGCCGACGGGCCGGGCACGAACACCAUCGAAAUCUACCCGUACCAAAUUAACCAGGCAACACGAGUGGCCCUCGUAGAUAUUCCAAGCUUCAACAACGCCAGUAGAAGCGACAUCACUACUCUCAGCUCUAUAGCCAACUUCCUUUGCCAGAUCUACAGCAACGACAUUAAGCUGGGCGGCAUCAUAUACCUACACGACAUAAUAGCUAGGCGCAUGGACAGCCAUGCCUUACACAGCCUACGCAUGUUCAAAAAGCUUUGUGGCGCAGAGGGUUUAUCCAAUGCAAUCAUGAUCACGAACAUGUGGGAAAUCCUACCCACGUUCGAGGAGGGGGUAAGUCGCGAGAGGGAACUACGCGAUCGUUACUGGAGCGGCAUCCUCGGCCACGGAGGCAUGAUGAUGCGUCAUGACGGGAGCAGGUCAUCAGCGAAGGAGAUUAUCAAAACCUGCUUCCGGUACAACCAACACCUCAUAGCACCCCUGGACAUCCAGCGUGAAAUGGUCACACACGACCAGCAACUGAGCGAAACGGCGGCAGGUCGAGAACUAUAUUCGGCGAUCAGGGAGAAGAGGCAACGGUAUGCUAGCGAACUGACUACACUGCGUGAGGAAUUGGAUAAAGCACUCCGAAGGAAGGAUUUCGAGUACGGCCAGGAGCUUGAGGAGAUGAAAGCGCAUCUGCACAGGAAGAUUGGACUUGUGGAGGAGAGUGGGAGAAUGUUGAGGGGCGAUAUCCAGCGGUUGAACGGCGAAGUGCAUGCGCGGCGGGAGGGCGGGGAGAAGAGGAAAAAGAAGAAAUAUCUUGGACGGACGGCGCUGGGGAUUGGGGUGGCGACAAUUCUUGGUUUGACAACGGGUAUUUUUAUUUGA